UUACUCUAGUAGUGUUUGAGACUGCGCUCGACGCAUGUGUGUUAAUAUACUAACGUGUACUCUUUGUUCUGUUAUAUUUAAAUUAUAAUGUGAACAAAAGUUUUGAAGUUAUAUAUUUAGACAUAUUGUGAAUGGGCGAGGUCAUCAGGACUGUUUUUACGAUUUACGGGAAAGCUAAACGCGCAGACUCCAACUUCAUUGGGGGAGUUGGAAUCAAAUAAAUCGCGUGGAUAACAAACUCAAGAUUACGUUGCCAAGCUGCGAACGCUAACUUGUAAAUUGACUUCCUUCCGUUGAUUGUGAUUGUAUGCUAAGAAGAAUGAUUAUGUGUGGAUUUUAAUAUACUUUAUGCAAAGCCGGCUUUUGCUUAACUUUACUAGUGAGUGCGUGGUUAUUCGGUGAGUCACUUUGGUGAGAUGUAAGCGGGCGAGGAAUGAUGGACGUGCAACUAAGCGAGCCGACCAAGUGGCACCGUGGAGGCUUCCUCUCCACUCUCAACAGAAGUUUCCGUCUGGCCACCAAAUCAAAAAGCGCUAACAAUUCACCAAUUGAAAACAAAUCUUUUGAACAAAGUUUAAAAAUGACUGACACGGGUUUAAAUUCAUCAAGCGAUGCUACAGCAGCGCUGAGGCCGCUGGAAAUUGUGGCGCCCCGCAUCGAUUCCUACAGAUUUUCUAUGGCAAAUCUAGAAGAAACACAAGACGCUGAUUUAGACGCGAUAUUAGGGGAGUUGUGUGCGCUCGAUUCUGAAUACGAUGAAGAAAUUUCCCGAGUAUCCACUGAUUAUUCUCAAUCCAAAGAAAGAGAAGAGGGCGAGAGUUCUCAGCGACAAGAGAACAAGGAGGGCGAUGGUGCACCAACCAUCGCAAGAACUGAUUCACCUGACAAUGACUCUGCCUUUAGUGACACGGUAUCGAUGCUCUCUAGCGAGUCGUCAGCCUCGAGUAGUGCAAGUUCUAAAUGUAAACCGAUGAAACUCAGUCUGCAUCCAAAUCAAAAGGAUGCAAUUUUUCAACAGAAAGCAGAUAAAAUUAAACUGGCAUUGGAACGUAUGAGAGAGGCGAAUGUAAAGAAGCUCUUUAUUAAAGCUUUCUCUAUGGACGGAUCAUCAAAGAGUCUCCUAGUCGACGAAAAGAUGACGUGUGGCUACGUCACACGGUUACUGGCUGACAAAAAUCAUGUCACUAUGGAACCUAAAUGGGCCAUAGUUGAACACUUACCAGAUUUGCAUAUGGAACGAGUGUACGAAGAUCACGAGAUGUUGGUGGACAACCUCAUGUUGUGGACGCGAGAAUCCAAAAACAAAAUACUGUUUGCCGAAAGGCCAGACAAGAUAUCGCUCUUCCAAACACCCGAGAAAUUUCUCCUAACUGAAGAUGAAAGAGGAAUUAGUGAAUACGACGAGCAUUUACGUCAGGUGGUCAUAGAAGAAUUCUUCGGUCAAAGCGGAGCCUCUACAAUUCCCUCCGUCUCCGGUCAUCAAGUCCCAGCCAUGGAAGGACCUCUCUAUCUUAAAAGUGACGCUAAAAAGGGCUGGAAGAAAUACUACUUCGUCCUGAGACCUUCCGGACUGUACUAUUUACCGAAAGAUAAAGUGAAGACCUUAAAGGAGCUGGUGUGUUUGGCGACUUUCGACACUAACGAAGUAUAUUUAGGAGUCAAUUGGAAGAAAAAGUACAAGUCUCCAACUGACUUUUGCUUUGCUAUCAAGCAUCCACGGCUUCAACAGCCGAAGAGCGUCAAGUUUAUUAAAUUUCUAUGCGCCGAUGAUCAAAGGACUCUCGAGAGAUGGGUCACCGCCAUGCGUAUAGCGAAGCACGGCAAACAAUUACUAGAAAAUCACCGCACCCUCGUCGAAGAGCUGACCCAGGAAGAUUUGGACCAUUUGGCCCACGCCCGCUCAUGCUCCAUAACAUCGAUCCCUACAAAGACUAAUGGCACGGCGCCAGGCCUGCCCGCGCCCGUUUCCAGCAACGUCAGUGUUGCCAACUCUGACAUCAGCAGCGGCAGACAUUCUCGAGCAUCAUCUUCAAGUUCAAGCGGUUGUCUCUCAGAUGGCGGUACCGCCUCGGAAAGUGCGUUCGAUUGCGAAUUUCCUAUGGGUACAAUAAAACGAAAACCAUCCAUGAAGCCAAAUAUACCUUUGACCUGGAUGACGCGGCAACUUAAAGAAAUGGUAGAAAAUGAAGGUGACGCAGAAGUAGGUGAUUCUGGAACGCUCACAAGACGACCGCGCACUCGAGACGAUUCAACUCUCAAACGCCACCACUCAACUGCUACAGAAUCUUCGGAGCCCACUAUUUACAGUACCAGCAGCAUUACAUCUAGCAGUCCAGUGAGAGAUCCGUCAUCUCCAACCUAUGGCCACUAUGAAACUAUUACUCACGAACCAUAUAGAGCAAGCGUAGACACGGCAUCCUCGCUAUACGGGUACACGAUUUAUGACAGUUCACAAUCACAAUCAGAACCUACUGUUGAGGAUCUUCCUCUUCCACCACCUCCAACUGAUAUUCCAGAUGGCAUGUUUAGUUCAACUCUCAGCCUAGAUUCAUUGCCACCGCCGCCACCACCUGUGGCCUAUCCUAUAGAGGAUUUGAAUGGAUCCCAGCUGAGUCUACCACCACCUCCGCCUGAACACACUAUUGAAACUCACACUGGACGAGUUCAAGAUAUAGUUAGCCAGCUAACCGCUCAGCAAAUAGAGCAAACAUCGAGAGCCGGCCAGAGAAGCAGUUUGAGAAGCUCUGAGAGCAACCGAUCAUUCCCCCGACAACCCUCGCUCGAUAGUGUCAAUUCGGAAGCUUCGAAGACGUCUUCUUUACAAUCCGACAAAAGUAUUUACGCUCAUACGCAACAAAAUGUUGCAUAUGGUGCUUGUCUUGUAGAGCUACAGAACAAAAAAAUAAGCAACGGCAGUCCAGCCAUACAGAAGAAGACAAUGGAACCUGUAAAAGAAAGAGCUGGUUCCAUUAAGAAAGUUAACUUUGCAGAUGACCUUCCAAGUAAUACUGACAAGAAAGCCAAAAAAAUUUCUUUUAAUUUGACGGACGCUCCACUUUCACCAAGAAAGCCUCCUCCGCCGAAACGCAAUGAGAGCACUCGUCUCUCGUCCCCUAAAAAGCUAGCUGAUUCAAACAGCAAUCCUCCAAAAGACUUUCUAAAAGAUCUUCAAAGAGUUAUGAGGAAGAAAUGGCAGGUCGCUCAAAAAUGCAAACUUGAACCGGCAACUACGCCACAUGAGGUACUUGGUUUCAGAGAAUACCCUUUGUCAGAUGACUACAAAGAGACUAGCGUGUCCAUGUGGGUGCAAGAACAUUAUGGAGGAGGUUCAGGCGUAGAGGAUCCCUUCUACGAGAAUGUGUUCGGAAGAGAAGCUCAGCCACGGCGAGAAGAGCCCAAACCAAUAAAGAAGCGUCCACCGCCUGCCCCUCCUCGCCGUAGCGACUCGACGCACUUGAGCACACUCCCUGGCAUCCCCCCGCCCUCGCAUCCAUCGCCCGUUCAACCGACCGCUUGAAACCGUCUCAACAUAUCGCUCGCUUUCUGCGGACUCACGUGUCGUUCCUGCUCACGUGACUCCCACUAAGUUUCUCGGACCUUCGGGCACUUGAAACUUUGCGGGCGAUAGUUGCAUGAACUUUGAUAUUUAAUCAUAUAGCGGGAAUUUAAGUAGUUGCAGUCCACGUAGUCCAUGAUUUCGUACUUAGUGUUCUCAUGUAGCAGUGGCUUACAUAUAAUAAUUCAUAAUCAUUGACCAUCAAAGUGACUUUAUGGGUGUGACCACGUAGUUUAAUAUGUGUCUAAAGUUAUUGGACCCUUUGCUCUUAGUAUGUGCUAAAAUGUGACCAAUGGUAAUGUUGAAGGUUUAUGGAAGUUUGGAGCAAGUAUAAAUUGUAUGGCGGUGCUAUUAUGAAAUGGUAAAAUAAGGUAUGAUAGGUUGACUCUCGCGAGUACAUUUGAAACUUCAUCUUAUUUUCUGAAUUAAAAUAAUUUUUAAGGAAAGAUAACGGAUUUCAAAAACAGUUUUUAAAUAUAAUAUGACGACAUUUAUGGAUAAAACUUUAAUGGUGCUAAGAUAACGUUGUUUCAAAUGAAUUGAGCGAGAUCGUAUUUAUUAAACGAUUUGGAAUUAUUUCAAUUUUAAUAUAUGUUCCUGAUUUUAAUGGCCAGCUUUCGGACGCCAAAUUGUUUGAGUUAUAACGAUCUAACAAUAUUACUACGUCUUAACAAUUGCAUGGAAAACGUUACAUCUCGUGUAACGAUUAAUCAAACUUGUCUGGGCACAAUGGCUUGUGUACCGUGAUUUUUAUAUUAUUUAUAGAUUUGAAAUCAUUUUUUUCGUCUGCAUUCACCACAGACGUUCUCAUCAAUUCCUAUUUUGUGCCAUAGAAAUACUUUAACAAGUAUAAUAUAAAAUACCAAGUUUUUUAAGGAACAUUUAGGAUAAGUCUAAAUACGCACUGCGAUAAUGUUUGUACGAAGCUGAUGGGAAUACCUGAAACAAAAAACAAAUAUGUAAUCACAAUGACGAGUUACUAGCUCCAAUUGAAUGAUUGUGUUUUACAAACGCGUAAUUUUUAGUAUUCUAACCCAUUUUGGGCCGUAAAAGAUAUAAAUUUUAUCGUUUGUGCGUAUGAAAAACAUUUAACUUGUAUUAACGUAUUCGCGGUGGUUUCGCAGGUCGACGCCGAAGGAUAUGUUAGAAUUAAAAACUUCUCUUUCAAGACCAAUCCAAAAUGUAUCUGAUCUCAAUUCUUACUUUAUAGUUAAUUUGUCGUCUGUGAUCUUUCGACUUACCAGAACCAUAAAACGCUGAUAAAACACCUAACUCGGAUUUAAAAAACAAUAUCCCGUAAUUCUGCCGUUAUAAUAUAUCAAAAAUCCUUUUAUUAAACAUUUACACAAAAUGAACCCGACCGUCCCUUAUUAUAGGUAGGUUUUAAAAAAAAUGUUUUUUAUACCGUGUCAUCAUCACGCCGGAUCGAAGACUACGCGCAAAUUUAUAAAACAAAUAUGAGGCUAAAUUUACAUAUAUCUUGUAUUUAGUAAGUUUGUAUGAAUUUUUUUUAGUUGAACAUCGUACGUAGAUCGACUUUAUGCCAAAUAUUGAAAAUAAAUUAUUAGUUUAAUGGAAUUUUACAAAUUUACAAAAGAAUCUUUAAUUGUUUAACACAAUAAAUUCUCUUUUCAAUGGUUAUUAUAAGUUAACAUUCCUAAAAUUAUAAAAGUAACCUAAUGUGAUACUUUAAUGUAUUUGCUUUUUUACGUAUAUUCUAUAGCAAUUUUCAGACAAUAGGUUUAAUAACGGACUGAUUAACUUUAGCAAAAUUUAUCAUAAUUGUGGAAUUUGAAACGAAUUCUGAUCGCUUCUAUUACAAACCAUCGGUUUAAAUAUGUAUUGAAAAAAAAAAUUGUAUAACUUCCACCCAAUAAUAUUUCGAAAUCAAUCAGGAAUAAUUAUCAGUUUUUUAAGACUGAAAAGAUUAUCUGAUUCUGACAAUAAAGUUGCGUCCAAAUGUAUGUUCCGUAUAAAUAUUUAGUCAACAAUUUUUAACGGUUAUAUAUAGAUUACAAUUUUAUGUUGAACCACUUCAUACCUAAAUAGUUAUAAUACAACUACCAACUGUACACGACCAGUUUCUGUAAUUUGACUAAUAAAAAUUGGUUAAGACAACUUUCAAGGUCUGGAUUCAUUGCUCUAAAGAUGACAAGGACUAAAUAGUUGAAAUAACUGUACAGACGAACACUUGAAGGUUAACAAAUAAGUUUUCAUUAAAAAAAUCAAUGUUCAAGUCAUUGAUGAGUACGUUAUUUCUUUCAAUACGAGAUCAACAAACAUGUCAUAUGUUUAAACCCAUACCUGUUACGGCGGCUACUGCACUUUCGACAGCUCGAAUUUAUUCUGAAAAUUUACCAUAAACAUACUUAGCUUUUUUGUAUAGUUUAAGUUCUUAUAGCUUUAGAUUUCUGUAUUCUUGUAUACAUGGUAUUGUCGUUCGUGCACCGCCUUGGAGUGUUAUAAAUGUAAUCGUCUCAAGGAUGUUGUAUUUGUAUUCUAUCUUGUAGUUGGUAUCGACAGCUUACUUAUUACAUAUUUCAUGACGUACAUUUUAUUAGAGAAAAUACAAUUGUUAAUUCAAUUUAUAUAGACCCUUUAACCAUGCUAGUUUAACCAGUAAUAAGGGAAAUUUUUAGAUAAUAUGUAUGAAUAUAUUUAAUUAAGACAGGUUUCAAAUUAUAGAUGUUGUGUCCCAGGGAUUGAUGACUCAAAAGUCACUUAAACCUGCAUGAAGGUAUACUAUGUAUGUUAGUUAAUAAUUAAUAUUGUAAAUAUUAAUAACUGUCUUAGAGAAUAAACGAUUAAAAUUGAGUUACACGUUUGAUACGGGUUAAAUUAUCUCAAUCAAUCGGCAACUAUUCUGUUUAUGUUUGAGAAUAUUAUGUUUAACCACUUUUAUGUAACGCAUUUAUUAGUAUUUCUAAUUGUUUAAUUGUACAGAUAAUAAAAAUAAUUAAUUAUUCUUUGUAUAUUUUCAAAUAUAACAAUAUGCCAAGUAACUUA